AUGGGGGGUGUCUCCACAGUGUGUGGGAAGCCAAAGAUUGUUGGGAAAGUGUUCGGUGGCCAGGACACAUUGGCUGGCCAGUGGCCAUGGCAGGCUAGCCUGCUGUACCGGGGCGUGCAUCUCUGUGGAGCUGUCCUCAUCGACUCCCACUGGCUGGUAUCCACAGCCCACUGUUUUCGAAACAAAUCCCAGGCCCCAGAGGACUUUGAGGUGCUGUUGGGGAAUAAUCAGUUGUACCAGGAAACAAAACACACUCAGAAGGUUUCUGUGAACCAUAUCAUCAAUCACCCAGACUUCGAGAAGUUUCAUUCUUUUGGGAGUAACAUUACAAUGCUGCAGCUGCGUCUACCAGUAAACUUCACAUCCUAUGUUGUACCUGCCUGCCUCCCAUCUAAAGACACACAGCUCUACAACCACACAUCCUGUUGGAUAACUGGCUGGGGAAUGCUUUCUGAAGAUACAAAACUGUCACCACCAUUCUCACUCCAGGAGGGUGAGGUGGGCAUCAUUGAUAAUGAGUUCUGUAAUGCCUUGUAUGGGCAAAGAACAGACCAAAGCAGGAACUAUGUGCAUGAGGAAAUGUUGUGUGCAGGGGGCCUCUCCACAGGAAAGUCCAUCUGCAGAGGUGAUUCUGGGGGCCCCCUCAUCUGCUACCACAUCAGUGCAUGGGUCCUGGUAGGACUGGCCAGCUGGGGCCUGGACUGUCGGCAUCCCAUUUACCCCAGCGUCUUCACCAGGGUCACCUACUUCACUGACUGGAUCAGCCAAGUCAAGAGACUCACUCCACUUCCAGAACAAGGAUCUGUGUCUCUUCACACAGAACUUCAAUCUAGACCUCUCAAAGCUGCUGGCUCCCCACAACCCUGCAGCAUCCUUAUGGCUGCACAAAUCUGGUUCCUGCUGCUAUUUAUCCUCGAAGCUCCACAGUGGGCUUUAAGAUGA